GGUAGUUCUCCAUUCAUGUGAUCUUGGAGAAUACAAGCAUUAAAGUAUCACUUUAGCGCUACAGUUCCUCGGCAGGAGGAUAUAUAUCGUUUCUUUUUUAUUUUAAAUAAAUAUAAAUACAUAUAUAAUCUCUCCUUCCCCCGUACAUCCAAAUUAAACAUGCUACGAGUGAGAACUGUCAUCUGUCAGUCCUGGAAGGGGUUCAAGACCUUCCCGUGUGCAGCUGUGGAGGUGAAGAAUGAGCCCGUGCUUGGGUUUAAAGAGGGCAGUAAAGAGAGAUCAGACCUGGAGAAGGCAUUACAAAACCUGAAGGGAAAGACAGAAGAGAUUCCAUGUGUGAUUGGAAAUGAAGAAGUGUGGACUAAAGAUAUCAGAUACCAGCUGUCUCCCUUCAACCACUCUCACAAAGUGUCCAAGUUCUGCUAUGCUGAUAAGGAGCUGAUAAAUAAAGCCAUCGAGGCCUCGGUAGCCGCUCGGAGGGAAUGGGAUCUUAAACCAGUGGCGGAUCGAGCCCAGAUCUUCUUCAAAGCUGCUGACAUCAUCAGCGGACCCAAGAGAGCUGAAGUUCUGGCCAAGACUAUGAUCGGACAGGGUAAGACUGUGGUCCAGGCUGAGAUUGACGCUGCUGCAGAACUCAUUGACUUCUUCAGGUUCAAUGCCAAACAUGCGGUGGAGCUGGAACACCAGCAGCCAUUGGACAGCGAUGGAAGUACCAACACCAUGCUGUACCGUGGACUGGAGGGAUUUGUAGCUGCUGUUGCGCCGUUCAACUUCACAGCGAUUGGUGGAAACCUUGCCGGCACCCCUGCAAUCAUGGGUAACGUGGUGUUGUGGAAACCCAGUGACACGGCCAUGUCCGCCAGCUACGCCGUCUAUAAGAUCAUGAGAGAGUCUGGACUGCCGCCCAAUAUCAUCCAGUUUGUCCCAGCUGAUGGUCCAGUGUUUGGAGACGCCAUCACGUCAUCUGAGCACCUGGCUGGCAUUAACUUCACUGGCAGCGUCCCAACCUUUAAACGGUUGUGGAAGCAGGUCGCCCAGAAUCUGGAUAUCUACAGGAAUUUCCCUCGUGUCGCUGGAGAAUGCGGUGGCAAGAACUUCCACUUCGUGCACAAAUCCGCAGAUGUUCACAGUGUGGUGACCGGCACCAUCCGCUCGGCGUUUGAGUACGGAGGACAGAAGUGUUCGGCCUGUUCCAGGAUGUACGUACCAGACUCCCUGUGGCCUCAGAUCAAACAGGGACUCCUGGAUGUGCACAAACAGAUCAAAUUAGGAGACCCAGUCGAAGAUUUCGGCACUUUCUUCUCAGCAGUUAUCGAUGACAAGUCAUUCUCUAGGAUCAAGGGAUGGCUGGAACAUGCCAAAACCUCUCCACAUCUGAAGAUCAUCGCUGGAGGAAACUGUGAUGACAAAAAAGGAUAUUUCGUGGAACCCACCAUCAUUGAAACCACCGACCCACAGGAGAAGAUCAUGAAUGAGGAGAUCUUCGGACCCGUCCUGACAGUUUACGUUUACCCUGAAUCUGAUUACAAAAAGGUCCUGCAGUUAGUAGACAACACUUCUCCAUAUGCCCUGACAGGAGCCGUCUUUGCCCAAGACAAGGCUGUUAUUGAUGAGGCAGGAAAGGUCUUGAGAAACGCUGCUGGAAACUAUUAUAUCAAUGACAAAUCUACAGGAUCCAUUGUGGCCCAGCAGCCAUUCGGUGGCGCCAGAGCAUCAGGCACCAACGACAAGCCCGGUGGCCAGCAUUACGUCCUCCGAUGGACGUCCCCUCAGGUUGUCAAGCAGACCCACGUGCCGCUUACAGAAUGGAAAUAUCCCUACAUGGGAUAAGAGAUCAUGAGCGUACCGCCCUGAAUCCCUCCAUCGAGACUCAUAAAGCAAUCAAACCCCUUCUUAAUCGUCCCAUUGUGCUGAAAAUGCCGUUGAGAGGACCGUUAGACUGUUAGAACAAAAAAUGCCCUCUGCUGGUGCAGCCUUUAACAUGAAAACCACCGAGUCUCCAGCUGGUGUGAAUGUACUCAAAGAACUGCACGUCUUUGCAGAUUUCUGCUGCCUCUGGUGUCCGCUUCAAACAUCACUGCAUUAUUAAUAUGAAGAGAUACUGGAUUCAAACAAACCUGGGUAAAUGCACUGAAACGUUUUCACUUUAAUCUGUUAUGAUUUCACUCAAAAUUCACUAUAUCCAGAGAGUAAACUAUGGUUUUAUAAUUGUCAAAUAACUGGAAGGAAACACUGCGUUUGUUCUGUUACAUUUAACUGAUGCAAAUUAUAUAUGCUGUUCUAAUUUAAAUCUGUAGCAUUCUAAUAUCAUUUACAUGUGAGUGUGAAGGCAAACAUGAGGGAGUGUUUUCACUUUUGUGAAAAUGACCAAGCCAGCAAGGUAUAAAAACUUGCCUGGUCAAAAUAUCUGAGAACUUACUGUGCCUCAAUAAACACAUGGUGUGGAUGAUGGA